CUCUCUUUGAGAUACAGCGCACCAUGUCUCUUCCGAUGCUUGUAAAUUCUGUGCCCCAAAUAUCUAAAGCGACACUGCUGCAACAAUCACGCACUGUUCCUUGCUGCUUCUUCCGGAAGCAAACACGGAGGGCUAGCAGUGCAUCCUCUUCGACUGGAGCCACUGUGACGAACGCAACAAUGAAUGCACCACGGCAGGAACAAAUGAGUCCCACUCAGGUUUUUAAGCGUCAAUGGGAGAUUUAUCAAGUGAUACUGGAUGGAGAUUACCUGGAACACAAAGCCCUGUAUGGUGCCCUUCAGCAGUACCUGCAUCGAAAGGCUGCCAGUCGCCCUCUGAGGCUGCUGGACUUGGGAUGUGGUGACUCUGAUUACAUAUCCCGUGUCAUCGAGGAGUGCGGAGGGCGUGCACUUGUAGCCUCCUACACCGGUGUGGAUCUUUCAGCGCCCGCCAUGGAGAUCUCCAAGGAGAACAUCCACAGGGCUUUGAAGGGCACAGAUCAGGCGGAGUGGCACACGGCUGAUUUCUUGUCCUUUGCCACGAGCUGCCAGGAGGAGUAUGACUGCAUCCUGAUGAGCUUUGCCAUGCAUCACCUCACCUCCAAUGAGAAAGCUGAGAUCCUGGUGCAGUGCCAUCGGUUGCUGCAAAACAGCGGUGGGGCCUUCCUGAUGGUGGACAUAAUGCGCCAACCUGACGAGACCUUGACAGAUUACCAUGUGAGGAGCCAGCGAGACGUUGAUCACAAUUGGGUCGGCCUGACCCCAGAAGCUCGAGCCCCCUUCACAGAUCACAUGCUCAAGUAUGACUUCCCAGAGACAUUCGACUUGCUGGAAAGCAUUUCAAAGGCGGCAGGUUUCAAGAAUGUGACCAUUCUUCAUGCUGCUAGUAAGGGGAUCUCGCAAUGCUUGGCACUGGAAUCGUGACGGCCUUGAUCCUUCUGCUUGUCGUUUGACAAGCACCCAUGUCUACAUUCAAACAGAUCAGGUGACCAGCGAGCAGCGCUGCCAGUUGGGCCAGCAGACUGCCUGCAAUUCAAUUUGACUUGCCCAGCUUCAGUACAACGAUAUGAUCAGCUUGUAGUGAAGACAUGUCUGUGUUGCUCGCCACGCGCUCCUGCAAGAGCACCAAUUUGUGUUGGAUGGUGCCUGCUUGAACACUGAUCAUCGCGCACUGAUGGGGGAUGUUGUCGCUUGCUUUUUUUGUAGACUGUUCUGGACCGUCCAAGCGACUUCAAGUCAAUGAAGUUCACUGUGAACACCACUCAGGUCUCAAGGAAAUCGCACACGUCAGGUGGACAGAGCCUCUGGUGGGCAUGUAAAAAGGGUGAACUCUUUGUAAUAAAUGUAAUCAAU